GAACUUUCACAAGUAAUGGACGUCGCGAUAUGACAGAGCUCGUCAGCGCGCAAUUUAAGCAAAAUUGCUUCGCUAUACAAGCAUAGAGUUAGGUUUUGUCAUACAAAUUCGUUACAGCCGUAAAUAUUCUUCCGAAAUCGGUUGAUGUUCAAACGAUGAGUAUCGAUAUUGGAUAACCAGAAUAGGCUUCAUCAUUCUUUGUAAGUGCAGUUUGAGCUUCAGCUUAGGUAUGCGAUUUAUACCAGAUGCAUUUUUCGUACUAUGUGGGUUCAAGCUUAAGUCUGUAAUGCAUGGAAUGAUUUCUGUGGAGUUGCAUUUGGAAUCUUUGUUCUUCUUUGAGGAGGUUUUUAUGUGACAUCGCAAAAGUGUUUAUCUGUUGAUAUUAUGAUGUAUACAUUCAGUUUGAAUGCCUUGCAAUUAAUGCAGGAAAGUAUAGAAAUUAUUAGAAGUAAUUGAACAGUGUCAAUUAUUAUUCUACUAAGUUCUAAUAAUUUCUAUUGAAUAUUAAACAAAAGCAUUACAGAUGCAUCAUAGGAUAGAUUUUAAAUCACAAUUGCAUUGACUUUGCCUUGAAAAUUCUAUGCACUUGGUUGAAGUAUAAUAUGUACUUUUAGAAAAUGAAAUCAGUAAUGAUCAAAGACAAGACAAAAAAGAAAAGUGAGACACUGAAAAAGAUAAAGGUUUCCUCCAGGAACAUGAACAAUAGUCCUGAUUUGUCUAUUUUGCGCAAGCCAAUUGAUACAAGUGCAUCUGAUUUGUACCAAGUCUCUCAGCUUCUAAAAAGCGGAACAGACGAGGUUAAAUCUAUAUUAUCCUAUGAAUGUAACAUUAUAUACGAAUGCCGUACUUGCCGCAGCUUAUUUAGAAGCAUUAUAAAUCUGAUAUCUCAUAAAAGAGAGUAUUGUAAAGAGAAAUUUGAUGUUGCAUUUGGCAAAGACAUAUGGAACAAUUCGCAUAAAGAAUCAAUAAUCCAUUUGUACAAAACAGAGCAGACAAUAAAUAAGGACGACACUAGUGUUAAGAAUGACAGGAUUCUCAGGAGCCAAUCUAAGGAGGCAACUAAAAAAGAUCUCAGUACAAUAGUAGAUAUGCUCAGCAAGAAAAGGAAAGAGGAAAAUGGGGAAAGCCAUUUCUCAAGUGAAGUAGAUGUGGAUAAUGCAAUCUCUAGCACUCCAACUAAUCCACAUAUUUAUUUAGAACCUAUAAGCACAAAUUGUUCCGCAAUGUAUCAAACUGUUAAAUCAUCAAAUACAGCAGAUAAUGUGGACUUGAUGAAAGUACAAGUAGCAGAAUUGCAAAAUAUAGCAAAUCAAAAAAUCACAUUAGACGGACAAGUACUUGAGAAACAAGCCGAAAGGAGCAAUAGUCCUGUUCAAACAAAUAUGAGUGACGAGAAGAAUGAAUCAUUAGCACAUAAACUUCCUCUGAAUAAUUUGUCAUGCACUUUAUGCAAAGCAAAGUUUGCAACAAAGAAGACAUUACAUGUUCAUAUGAAAGUAUUGCAUACACCUCACCGCAAGUGUUACCUUUGUCCUUGUUGCACCAGUACAUUUGCAAAUACAUGGAGUGUUCAUAGACAUUUAUAUAGAGUUCAUAGAAAGACCAAUGAACAGGUGCGCAAAUUGAGAUUGCAAAUUCAACAGAAAGUGUUGGACAGAGAAAUAACUUCAGGAGGUUUAAGGAAUACUCGCACAACUAAAGCUUCUGUUUGUAAAAAAGCAACAACGAAAGAUUGUGAUAUAUCUCAGGGAUCAGUAGAUCAUGUAGAAUCUAAUGUACAACUUAGAAUCGGCAGCAAACGUAGAAAAAAAGUGAAUAAAAAGAAAGCUUUAUCUGCUGAUUAUGAAACAUCAAUCGCUGAACAUGACGAUAUUACAAUAAAUAGUAGUCCAUCUAGUGAAAUCUCAUUCUGUUCAACAUCCAGUAAUAUUUUGUCUAAAACAGAAGAUACGAAUGCAAUAAUUGAUACGAUUAUAGAAUCACCUAAUAAAACAGAUAUAUUGGAUGCAAAGUCUGACAAGUAUACUUCUGACAAGUGCACAUCUUCAUCUUCUGAAAAUGAUGAAGAGACAUCUAUUUGUGUACAAGAUUCUUGUAAUAGAGAAGAUUGGGAUACACUAGAAGAUAAUUGUUCCUUUGAGUGUAAUUCAAUGCACAACAAUAAUGAUCCUAGUACAAUUAAAUCAUCAAUGAAACAAGAUAUUAAUAAUAAGGAAUCCCUGCUUUUUGGCAAAGAUGAAGAUCACCUUGUGUCCGACAAAGAUUUACAAUUAUCUUUUACGGAGGAUAUAAAAGAAGGUGAAAAUAGAAAAUUGUCAAGCCAACACGAUGAGAAGCAAUUAACUGAUGCGAAAGAGAGAAAUGUCAAGAGUCCAGCCUUGCUAAUAGAGAAGAAAAUAGCUAAGAUUGUAAACUUUGAAAAAGUGCGGUGCCUUCUGUGUAAACGAAAAUUUACGUCUGUUCCCAAUCUACGCAGGCAUGUGGCAAUGCACAUUGGUUGGAAUCGAUAUCGUUGCAAGUUGUGCGAAUAUAAGUGUUUCACAAAAUGCGAUUGUGUUCUGCAUUGCAAUAAAGCGCAUAAUGCGCAAAACAAUCGCAAAAUGCUAGCAGAAAUGAUAAUCGAAAUACCGCCGAAUGAGUAUACAUACGACGAAGAUAUGAUAGAUGAACCCAAUACAGGAGAUAAAGUGGACGGCUCCGAUGUGGACGUAAUUAAAUCUACCGACCAGUCAGAAAUACAUGCAGACUUAGACAAUUUGGAUGAUUCAAAUACAAGUGUUUUGCAAAGUAAAACUGCAAACGAGCAAGUUGUAGAAUCACAAGAAACUACCGAACAUCAAAACGUCGAUGUGAGAGAUCAUGAAACAACAGUGACGGAAGAUUGGAUACACGAUACGGAAUACACGAUGAAUGAUCAAUCAGAAAAGUUAAAUCCCGAUCUUAAACGCAUGAUAAUGGAGGUGAUAUUUGGUUCGACCGACACAAGUACGACAAAACAGACAGACGCCGAUAAACCUGUGGUAGAAUCUAGUACCGAUGCAAGGGAACACGUAAAUGCGAACGAUAAUGAAAAUAGUAGUGCGUCUACCGACAAUUCUAAAGAAGCAUCUUGCGCUAUACUAGACACUUCGAAACACCAACGUCCUAUGCGUAAUCGAAUAAGGCCUUUAAAUAAUGAUUUUAUAUACGACUUGGAAGAAAUAGCUUCUAGAAAAGAAAGUGCCCUUUCUCACGAUUAUGCACCAUUGCGAAAGAAAGCUAAGUUAAGCAAAUAAACAUUGGAUUUUAAUCGAUUCUUAUUUGAGAAUACAUUUUUUUUGUCAUUUUGUCAGAUGUUAAAAUAUAAAAGAUAAAUAUUCAAUAGAAAGAUAGCUGAACAAAUAAGUUAAGUUAAGGUGCUUAAAAAAUACUUGAUUAUAAUUUCACAUUUAAGAAUUGAAGAAUGUUAUUAUGUUUUAAAAACGCAAAAAGAAUGCAAGUUAUUUUUUAUUUUAUGUAAAGCAGGAUUUCAGAUUUCAAUAUUUUUAGAUAGGGAUAAUUUGAAUGUAAGCUAACAAAUAAUGCAACGUGAUAAUACUAUAUGAAAUGUAUAAAUAUAAUGUACAAGAGAUAUGUGUGUACGUAUAUUUUAUGUACAUUUCUGUACAUUUUGUCAAUUGAUCUGGCAACUGUACAGCGACUGUUUGUAAUAAGUAUAUCUGUGUUCAACAUAUUCAUUGAAUUUUUUAAAAUACAAUCUUUUUUAUUAAGCUAUUACCUUUAUUAUUUUGCUCAUGUUUUCAAUAGUGUUUUAUGCAGCAUAAAUUUUUCACUGAAUUAUUAAAAAAAAAGUGGAAAUGCAGGAUAAUUUACUAAGUUUUAAUGCCAUUAAAAAAAAAACAAUUUUCGCAGUUAUGUUAAGCAAGAAAAGUUAACAUAAAU